CCGGCGAUCCGACUGACCGGCGAAAGUGCUCGACAUAUUCCGAAAAAAAACGGGCAAAAAGUUUUCGAAGAGAUUAUAUACUACGAUGGACUCAUGUGCAUCCCCGAAAUACCAAAGAACCGAUGAUUUAGAAGUAACAGGGAUAUCGCGUAGCGGUAGACUUAGAAAGAAAUCGUCAAAGCUUACAGGCUUUGGAUCUUUGGAAGAUGAGUCUGACAAGAAAAAGAAACAAAGAGCUCACCAUGCCCAGUCCAUCCUAAAAUAUACACCAAUGAACAAAAAGAAAUGUGUUUCUGAUAAUGUCAAGACUGAAGCGGAGACCGAAUCAUCUUCCGCAGAAAGCCAAUCAUCUGAUUUAGGUUCCGAGGACGGUGCUGGUCCCGACAAAGAAGAUAGUUCAAUCACUUCAUCCGCGAGUGAAAAUGGCAAUGACCAAACUGUGGAAAGCGAUAGAAAGCACAUUGGGUUUGUUAAUUUGCAAUCUGCUGCCGAAGAAAUUCCCACUCAAGCAAAUAGUCUUUACAUGCAGGAGAAAAAUAAAAAAAAAAUUGUUUUGAAAGGGGGUAAAAUAGUGAGCGGUGUAAAGUUGCAACGCAAAGAUAAAGGAAAAGCAAGAUUUACUGCGUACAUGUUGUGGGCCAAAGAUAUUAGGCAAAAAUUGGUAGCACAGUAUCCUGACAUGGAUUUUGCUACAAUAUCAAAACGAUUGGGAGAACUCUGGGCGACGGUGUCAAACUUAGAGAAGUGCAAUUGGCGAAGGAGGGCAAAACGUUUAAUUUUCAACACAAGUUCGAAUAUUACAGCUCCGAAUGAAUCUGCCUGGAAGAUGCCAGCUCCGGUUACCAGUAAUAAGUUUAUCAAUCAAAUUCAUUCCAAAGAAAAAAAGGCUUCUGUUGAGAAAAAAUUGAUACAACAGGAUGCAAGAAGUUCUGAGAAAAAUUCAAGUCGCUCAAAUCUAAAGGACAAAUCCAUUAUGAUUGAAGAGCAAUUGAGAGCGGUUGGUACAGAUCCCAUUGAUGUUGCUGCUCACUUGACGCUGCUCGGUGAGAGUCUCACUCUUAUUGGAGGACUAUUAGCUGAACAUAAUGGCAAAAUUGCCAUUUCCGGAAGUCUCUCAGUUCUUCUUGAUUCUCUCUUGUGCGUUCUGGGACCAUUGCUCUGUCUGACACAGCAAGUACCCGAGACGAACGGUGCCGAUCCGGAAACACUCGCGAAAAUGCUUGAUAAUCUUGCUUACAUAAUGCCGGGUCUCUGAACGAUGCGUCAGAGUCAAAACUUGAGCACCUUGUUCCGUACAAUUAAAGUUAAUUGUUGAGUCAUGCAUGUCUCAUAAAAAUACGUAAUUAUCAGUACAGUUUUUACAUAUAUGUUCGUAUACAAAAAAAUAAUGAAAUAAUG